CUUAUACAAGAGGAAGAGAAGAAAUAUAAAGGCUCGUGCGCACCACGUGACUUCCUUUCUGGUGUAAGCUGACAACAUGGACGCCAGUCGAUUGGUGCCGAUCAAGCUCGCAAGAGUCACCAAGGUGCUCGGAAGAACUGGUUCCCAGGGACAGUGCACACAGGUCCGUGUUGAGUUCAUGGACGACAGCAAUCGAUCCAUCAUCAGGAACGUGAAGGGCCCCGUCAGAGAGGGAGAUGUGCUGACGCUUCUGGAGUCUGAGAGGGAAGCCAGGAGGCUGCGAUAGUGGGCCGUGGAUGUCGAGGUCUCAGUCCAGCGCUUGUGGAACAGAAAGAUGUCCUGUUGCAAUGACUCCAUCUCACAUGUUGACAUGUUUUGAAAUAAAUUUGAUUGUUCAAGA